AUGAUGGAAUCUAUUGAGCAUCGCACAGUCAGUGGAAACACUACAGCCAAUUCACGAGUUAUGCUUCUGCCUUUGAUGGACAAUCUGUCUGAUCAAUCUGUUGAUGUCAGAGUCUUGUCCUUGCCUAGUCCUGCUACUGGUCUUGCUUCUGCCUUUUUGCUUGUUCCAACUACCAAGACUCACUGCAAGACUCCUGCACUCUUUCAGGUUCAUCUUGUAGAAGCUCCAUUCAAAUCAUGGGCUAUUGACAAUCAGAUCAUUGCUGAUGGUUCUCUUUAUGUUACUACUCCAUACGAUCCGCUUUUUGUUCUUGCUCCAAUACUGGACUUUCAUAGACAAAAGAGCACUGAAUCACCUGGACGAUUCAUGCAAUGGACGGAUCUGGUUGUUGAUGACAAUUUUCCAGAUUUUGCUCUCUUGGCUUCAACACUUGAUGAACAUAUCAUUUCUAGUAUUUGUGAUAUCAACGAUAUUGAAAACAUUGGCUUGUUUUAUAGACUAUCAGAUUCAAAAUUCCUUGCUUGGCUUAACGCCAAAGUAGAUCGAUUAGUUGUCAAGGCCAGCAAUGGCAGUAUUCCUGCAUUCAUUCCACUUAUCGAGGACGCUAAGCUUCUACAUAAUACACCAGCAGACACAUUGCUGUAUCAACGUAUCGCAUUUCAGACCAUUGCUGAACAUCUUACGCCAAAAUGGAAAGAAAUGUUCUUGGAUCAUUUGGGAUUUAAAAAUGACCCGAUUUGGUCCAAACAGCAUGUGUACUUUAAUUCCGAAAUCACAAAGCGAACGGCAUCUUCGCUACCAAACACCUCGACAAAGCCAACUAAGCAGAUCAAAUUGUCUCGUGGACAGCAUAAUAUUGCCAAAGCUAGCAAAAGUGGUAUGAAACCUCUCACAUCUUUUUUCAAGCCUGCUACUACCAAACCUAGUUCAAAGUAA